AUGCGUUUCUCCACUGUCCUCGCCGGCCUCGCAGCCUUCACCACCACCGUCACCGCCGCUCCUCCUCAGGAAAAGCCCUACGUCGGCGUUGCCAUGAUGACCUACAACGACCCCAUCAACGGCGAAUCCAGCAGCCUUCCCCAGAAUGUCCCUCUUGGCGUUCUAACCCACCAGGACAACGUCAAGAUCACCGAACUCGAGAUCGUCAACGUCUUCUCUACUGUCAAGGGCGUCAAGGCUCCUAAGGAUGACCAGAUUGUUUGUCAGAUGUACAAGGACAAGUACGCUACUAUCCCUGGCAGUGCUGAGUUUACGGCGAAGAAGUCGGCUGUUAUCAGCACGAACUCUGUUCCACUUGGAUGGAUCCUUUGUCGUGUUAAGGCUUCUUCUUAA